CGUACUCUCAUGGUGAAGCACGCUAUGAUGCAGCUCUACGUUCUCAAGCUGCUCAAGAUGCAGACUAAAUAUCUUGGCAGACAAUGGCGCAAGAGUAACAUGAAGACCUUGUCUGCAAUCUAUCAGAUGGUUCGCCAUCGCCUCAACGAUGACUGGGCGUACGGCAACGAUCCCGACGCUCGGCCCUGGGACUUCCAGACCGAAGAGUGCUCACUCAGAGCAGCGGUUGACCGCUUCAAUACGCGCCGCUACCACCACGCCCACACUGGCGAGAGUGAGUUCGAGCCCGUGGACAACUGCAUAACUUCAGUGCUUGGGCGCAAAGUUGAGCUCACGGAAGAGUUUACUCGCUCCUAUGAAGUUUGGCUGCAACGCGAAGUUCUCAACACUACCAUACACUGGGACCUGCUACUAUCAACUAACACCAACGCUCAUAAUUCCUUAUCGUCUUCCGAUACAAAAUCUCGUUGUGCAUCGUGCAAAACCGAGCACAGUAAUGAUGAUGCUAAAAAAAAUACCGCUGCUGGUAUGGAGAGAUGUGAAUGCAAGAAAAAGUUGGUUUCUGAAGGAGCUAGUGGCGAUUAUACGCCGUUAAUACAGCAGCUUAGUGGUCAGUACUACAGACAUAAUGAAGAUGCGAGAAGUGGUCAGGCUGAAACACCUGAGGAAGAUGAAUAUGAUAAGAAAGAUAAGAUGCAGACCAUGAUUAAGAAAACUAACGUUAACGGAACUGCUGCCUCGGCUGCUGUUGUCGAUAUAUCCAUUGAGGAUGAAAUCCCUGAAGCUGAGUCCAAGAUGUCAAUUGACGAGAAACAUGAGUAAUUAUUUUCAAGAAAGCGCAAACGAAGUAGGUUACCUCUUGUCAUGUACGUCGUUUAUUUAUACAUAAUAUUGGGCAACCUCACAGUGAAACUACGUUCAUCAUGAAAUUGAAUUGACAAGUCGCUGGUAUUCCGUCACUGAAAUCUUUUUUAACGAUUUUAUUACAUUAAUUCUUUUAUCUCUUGACACAGUUUUUAAUUUCAGACUGUACAUUUUUAUGAUGUUCGUUUAACGGUUCGAGGAGCUUGUUAUAAGUUAACUUGUUUUCUGUACUGGAAGCUGUAGGUAGCCGGAUAAUGUUAAUAUUCGGUCCUCAACAUGUCGACUAAGUAACUCGUCACUAAAGUGUAACUACUGUUAGGUAAUUCAUUAGAAAAGUGUGUAACUAUUACUAAGUAAUUAGUUACAAACGUGUAACCAUUAUUAGGUAAUUAAUUACGAACGUGUUUUAGUUGAGUCUACAAAACCUAUGUCAUUAGUGAGCAA